AUGAGCGCGUCCGCGCUCUGCGCCGGCGCCGUCCGCGCCGACGCCGCGUCCUCCUCCUCCUCCUCCUCCUCGCGUCGUCGCGUCCGCGCGUCCGCGAGGGCGGUCUCGAAGACGACGACGCGCGUGCGCGCCUCGAUCGCGUAUCCCGCCCCGAGCGGCGACGCGGAACCCCCGAAGGAGAAGGUCGUCAUCAAGAACAACACGAACCCGCUCAGCGCGGAGUCCGCGAAGCCGGUCAACAUUAAGCCCAAGGGCGAGCCCGUGCGAAUCAAGAUCGACGACCAGUGGUACGACUGCGCGGGGUGGGCCAAGGCGCACCCGGGGGGAGAACGGUGGAUCCACUUUUUCGACGGUCGCGACGGCACGGACGCGUUCUACGCGCUCCACUCGUACGGCCCGAACGGCUCGUCGAAGGCGGCGGACAGGCUCGCGAAGCUCCCGAGGUGCGACCCGCCGCCGGAGAAGGAGCUCAAGACGCCGACGCCGUCGGAGUACGCCGCGUCCAUGAGCUUCCGCGAGUUCCGCAAGAAGCUCGAGGCGGACGGCUUCUUCAAACGCGACUGGCUGAAAGAGACGUGGGCGCUCGUGCAAGUGCUGGGCCUGUACGCCGCCGGGCAGUUCUUCGCGUACUCGAACCCGGUGAUGUCCACGGUGCUGCUCGGGCUCGGGAUGGUGCAGGCGGGCUGGCUCGGGCACGAUUACGUCCACGGCCGCGGGCCGCUGUGCGAGGCCUUGAGGUACAUGCCGACGCUGUUGAACGGCCACGGCGUGGAGUGGUGGUCGCAAAAGCACAGCAUGCACCACACGUUCACGAACGAGGAGCACAUGGACAACGACGUGAUGAUGGAGCCGUUUUUCUUCCUUCGGCCGCCGAGCGAGUCGGGGCGACCGGACUCGCCGCUGCGUAAGUACCAGCACAUCUUCGGGUAUCCGCUGCUGUCGAUCAUGUUCUGGCUGUGGCGGUUCCACAGCGCGGAGAGCGCGUGGAGGCGGAAGGACAAGAAAGAGCUCGUGCUGCUCGGCGCCAACUACGCGUGGCUCGCGUUUUGCAUGCCGUGGCAGGUGGCGAUCGGGAGCGUCUUCCUCUCCGGGUUCAUCGUCGCGUCUCUCGUGAGCGCGACACAUCAGAGCGAGGAGAUCAUGGAGUACGGCGAAGGCGCGGAGUACGUGGAAGGGCAGUUCCGCUCGACGCGCGACGCGGAGACGGUGUUCGGGCCGCUCGAGACGUGGAUCUGGGGUGGGAUGGACACGCAGCUCGAGCAUCACCUGUUUCCGACGAUGCCGCGGUAUCGGUACCACGCGCUGCGGCCCAUCUUGAAGGCGUGGGCCAAGGCGAACGACAUCAACUACCGGAUCUCGCCGUCCACGAAGAUCAUCGCGGAUAACCUCAAGCUCCUGAAGGAGGUCGCCGCGGCGCCGUGA